GGGUCAGUGAAAAAGCUUGGUAUAAAUUUUACGAUAAAAUUACCUUUUUCAAAAAAAGUAAAAAAGCGUCAAGUAUGCGCGGAGUGUGUUAUCUCGAAAAGUGGUCGUAUCUUUAACACUAAACCUACCACGACCGGUCAAAUGACAGUUUUUAAACUUUCAUUAAAAUUUCCUACAUAUAACGUUAUCACGCCAUUUAAGUUCUCGACUUUUCUUAUAAUAUACCUACAAUGAAUUUUUUAAUAUUCACUUGUCUUCUUAUUUCUUUUUUUCUGAGAAAUAUAUGUAGCCUGUUUUACUUACCGCGACCGGUCAUUUGACCGGUUGAAAGAUUCAUAUUCUUUUGUAAUAUUAUUUACUCUAAAGACUCAAUUCUAAAACUAUACAGUCGCUAGAAAUAUAAGGCAAUCUGAGUGCGGCAUAAGUCUUUGAUGCACGAUAUAUAGGAGCCGGGAUGAAACAACUGCAGUACGCACGUUAACAAUGUUGAAUACGUGGCAAGAGUGUGCGAGUGUUUGUUCUUAUAAAUGCAAACCGCGAAAUUAGGAGACACAGUACAGUCUUAUAACUCCAGAAAAGUUGGUAUCAUAGUGUUAUAAAGUUAUAAAGAGCUUACCAUAUUUUGAAAUAAGUCUUUUAUUAUUUUGAAAAUUUCAAGUUAUAAGUGCCAUUUUGAAGAAAGAAAAAGUGAACAAAACUAACAAUACUUAGUGGUUAAUUUUAUAUUUUAUCUUUACUACAUUAUUACUUUCCUACUAUUUAUCUCAAAAAUGUCAAGACAUUCAAGAAAUAUCCAGUUAUUAAAAAAAUAAAUAAUAUAGACGAAGAGUAUUCAGAAAUCGAUGAACAGGAACUUUCUGAAACUGACGAUGACAAAAUGGAAAAUGAUGAUAUAUUUGACACUAAUGACGAGUAUAAGUCCUCAGACACAGAUAAUGAAGAGGAGAAUAUUUUGAAUACACGUAGAGGACAAAAGAGAAUGAGGUUUAUAUUGAGUUCCGAAAGUGAGAGUGAUGAAGAUGACCAGCGCAUCGAAACUGCUGCUGAUGGAACUGUUUGUCAAGAAAUAAAAGAAGGUUCUAAACUUGGAAGAGCACCACUUCAUAAUAUUUUUAGGGAUGUAUCAGAUCCGACGGGUUAUGCUAAAAGAAAUAUUAUGAAAGGUAAAGUAAGGACUACAUUUUCUUUGAUCAUUGCCCACCGUAUGAUGGAACACAUAAGAACGUGUACAGAAGCAGAGGCAUUUCGAGUGUUAGGAGCUGAAUGGAAUCUAACUGCUGCAAAAUUAGAUUCAUUUAUUGCUCUUAUAUGCACGCGGCGUAUAUGAGGGAAAAAAUUUGGAUUUUUCAUAUCUAUGGAAUAAGAAAUGGGGUCUCGCAUUUUUUUCAAGAACCAUGAG